AUGGCGGAAAUACACCUGACUGCUAGUCAGAAUGCGGAUUCACGCAUCCGGGUCGAAGAUUACCUAGACGACAAAAUCCAGACUGCGGCGGAUUUGGAAAAUGUGGACGACCUUCUGUCUCGGGUCCAACAACAGCAAGAGUUGUUGAGAAAGCAGUUAGCUGAUGCCCGAGAAAACCUUGCUGAAAGCCGGGUACAAGUUGAUAAGAAAUCAAGUGCUCUUCAGCAGAGCGUUAAAGAAUUUCAACGGCAGCAAUAUGACCUAGACCGCCGUCUCCAGAUAUUGUCUCAGUCCGAAGUCAGUGACGACGCAACUAAAAAGAUCGAGUCGCGCAUGAGCAAAGUCCGAACCCUCGAGGUCGCUCAUGGGUAUCUGGAAUUGGUCCAGAGAGCAGACAACUUGAAUAAACACUCGAGAGAAUCUCUAUCCAAAAAGCCGGAAGCAUCACUACAGGCCUAUCUUGAGCUAAGGACCAUAUGGAACAAAGUACAAGAAGCUCAACCAGGAGCAGAAGGUGCAGCUCCUCAGUUACUAUAUGUGUUAGAGCAACAAACCAACCAUCUGUACCAAGAAUUGAAAGACGUAUUUUCAAACGAUCUCCGCCAGACCCUGAGCCUCAUGAAAUGGCCCAGCAAGGAGCUCAAUCUUCUUGGUGAUGUCCGAGAACGCUGGCAGCGACAGGCCGAACUUUUGCUGGAGCUUCAAGAACCUGAUCUGCUCAAAUUCGCUGCGGACAAGCUCAGGGCAAAAUCUCCCAUCGCACCGGAUCCAGUCGUCCUGUUACCUUUGGAAACUAUGGUACAACCAUUGGCAACGAGAUUCCGCUACCACUUCUACGGAGAGCGACCCACAAAUCGCCUUGACAAACCCGAGUACUUCUUCUCGCAUAUCCUGGACCUCAUUGACCGACAUAGUACCUUUAUCUCUGAUCUACUCGGUCCCAUUGUGGACGAACGUGCGUUGAAAUCGGAUGCACUAGAAACCGUCUAUACUGAUGCAGUCUCGGCAUUUAUCGCUGCCCUAUUACCUAUGGUCAACGCGAAGUGCUUGUCCUUCUUGCCACAGAUUACCUCUGAGCCACAACUGCUGUCUCAUUUCAUGCGUGAAGUCAUGUCAUUCGACAAUUCUCUCCGAGAGUCUUGGGCGUAUGUGCCCAUUCCACGAAUGUUGAGUGAUUGGCGCGGUGUAACAUGGACCAUUUUAUACACACACGGAUACUUUGAAACCUGGCUUACGGUCGAAAAAGAUUUUGCUUUGGCAAGAUAUGCAAGCAUAAAAGACUUUUCGACUGAUGGGCGUGAGAUCGACUUUGAUUCUGAACCUGGUCAAACCAAGCCAACCAAAGGAGCUAUCAGAGUCAAUGACUUGCUAGAAACGAUCACGGAUAGAUAUCGUGGUCUCUCUUCUUUCAGUUAUAAGAUGAAAUUUUUGAUGGAAAUCCAACUGUCUAUUUUUGAUGAUUAUCACAACUACCUUCACGAUGCCCUCCAAGCAUACAUCGCGGUCUCUCACACUGCGGGCCGUCUGCUUCAAGGACAAUCGGAGACAGACACCUUUGGUUUGAAAGGUCUAGAGUCUCUGGUGAAGAUCUCCGGGAGUGCCGAGUAUCUUGAACGAAAAAUGUCUGACUGGAGCGACGACUUAUUCUUUCUCGAGCUUUGGGACGAGCUUUUGACUCGUUCCAAGGCAGGCUUGGGGAACAAUUCCAUCGGCAACGACUUGCGGGUCGAUGACGUCGCCGCCAAAACCUCCACCGCUAUAAAGGCCAAUGAAGAUUCUGAUACCGAUGGCAGUGGUCUUUUCGAUCAGACUGCUGCCGUCUAUCGACGCUUGCGGGAGCGUAGCGAAGACGAAAUUGUCCGUGCUUUCGACAUUAAUGUACGAAGUGCACUCAAAACUUACGGAAAGCAACCUCAGUGGUCAUCACUCAGCGAAGCGCCCACCGAUCUAGCUGCGCUGGCGCCCUCUUCAGCACUUGACAGCCUAUUCCAGACUACAACUAUACUCUUGGGUUUUCUGGCUCGCACCUUCUCACCUGGUGCGCUAAGAAGACUUGCCAGGCAUUUCUGUACAUCAGUUCAACGAGAAAUCUAUGACAAUGUGCUAAUGCACAAUACAUUCUCAGCAGCAGGGGCCGCUCAAUUAAGAAGAGAUCUCUCUGCUAUUGAAGAUAGUGUCCAGAAGGCAACCAAAAUACCUGGUACCAUUGGUUCUAGCCUGAAACGUAUCGAGGAAGCUGUCUACCUACUAACACUGCCUGCCAAGAAAUCAAAGACCACGACUACAAAAGAAAAUGACGGCUGGGGAUUCGAUGAAGAUGAGGACAUCGACACCCAGGUGAUCUCUGCGGAUGAAGAUGGCGUUGAUGAAUGGGGGCUGUGGGACGCCGAAAAACGCAUAUUCGAAAGCAAUGAGGCCGCGCGGAUUGCUCUUGCAGAUAUGCGGUUGUAUCACCUUACUGAAGGCGACGCGAGGAACGUAAUAAGAAGGAGGAUAGAGUUGAAUAGCUAG